UUUUUUUUCCCGUCAUUUACCACGUAUGUGCAUUCACUGUACCUCCACUUCGCAAAUAGCUGUCAUCAUCGUUGUUACUGUUCCUCGAACAAGACGCUGCCUUCUCACUGAACAGCCUCCCAGGUGAAGCUUGGGCUCCGCGACAGCGGUGACGGCGGCCGAUCGCAGUUAUUUCGGGCCAGAAGCGAUAGACGCCUGUCUCAUCGUCUCCGUUACACGAGGCCACCAUGAUGGAAGAAGUGGAGCAAGACUGGCGUCAGCACUACGACGCCUGCUACGAAAGGCCGCCCACAGCCGUCGCCGCGACGGCCACUGCGCCCGUCAACACCAGUCAGACGCGGACAUACGAAGGAGCUCUCGACCAAAGCUCGGCGAUGCAGAGCUACAGCUCCGCCUCCAAGCUGGUGCCCUCCAAGCGGAACAGGAGCGUGGGCACUAUCCUUGGCAAUGAUUCGAGCACGAUUAUUCUGCGUUCCCUGGCCCUGCUCGUCAUCGGCGCGCUCUGCCUGACCCUCAUGACUUUGAUCGUGGUGAACGCGAGCGGCUCUGAACGUGACCGUUCGUCGGGCGACAGAAAACCCGUGGCGGCUGAGGAGGGUUCGCCACAAGAUGCGCCAGGACUGCCGCAGGCCGCUACCACUCCUCGGCCCGCGGCGACGCCAGUGGCAAGGUCUCAAGCCAAGACACGGAACCAGCGCACGCACUCGAAGCAAGCCAACAACACGUCGGGAAAGAAGGAUAACCUGUCGACGGAAGACAAGGAUGGCGGAGGUGGUUCGGAAGACACACAGAAAAACUCCCCCUGCGGCGAGCCACAACAGACAUACUGCCCCGAGAUCAAGUUGUCCUUCUUCUACCGCCACGAGCGCGACUACUGCGACUCCACCUACCGUGAGCAGGUGUUCGUGUGCAACCACAGCCCGAACCGCUUCAGCUCGCGGAAAGGCUGCAUGAACGCUUGUAUCAAGAAUGCCAAGCCCUUCGCUAGGUGCAAGCAGCAGCCCAUCUUCACCAAAUGCAACAGGAACGACGUCAAGGCCUCCUACUGGUACCGUGAGGGCAAGCGCUGCGUGGAGUGGGCAUACCCGGACGGAUACUGCGCCACCAAGCACAGGGGCGUGGCGCGAAGCCUGCGCGAAUGCCGCGACGAGUGCCUCGGUCCCGGCACGAACGACCACAGCUGCACGCUGCCGGCCGAGUACACGUGCCCGCCAGAAGAGCUCAAGUACCCGUACUUCGCGCACACCUUCUCCAACGGCACCGUCGCGUGCCUAGUGGCCGACAAGGAACUUCUGCGCCAGCACCGCUGCUUGGUGGGCGAAAACAAGUACGCCUCGAGGGACGAGUGUCGCAAGGCUUGCUCCAAGAACGCCGAGCCACCAGACGACAGCGGGAAGCACUAACCGAAGACGAUGAAGUGGGCUGUGGACUGUGCUCUGUUGCAGUGUUUUGUAAGUGCGAAAAAAAUAAAA